CUUUUUUCAAUUUCAUCCGUCGCAACUUCGACAUCGCGGGCGCAUCGAUAUUCGGAGACGUAAAUUGUUCAGUUACUGACUAUAGUAUCGGAACGACUCUUAUAUUUCCGCUGAAACCGCCGCAUUUGCUACAGAGACGUCUGUUGCCACCAAGCUUUGGGCGAGGCAAAGCGUGUGCGACGAAAGGCAGAGUCCAGAAGUAAUACUCACCCUGCUCUGGUAGAGCUUUUCUGAGCCUACGAGACUAUCGGAUCAUAGCAAGCAAGCAUGGUCCGACCAAGAGACUCGCGCUCACCAAGUCCUGCAGGCAACCAAGGAACUCGUCGCCAACGCAGAGAUGACGAUCGUCGCGACAGGGACCGCCGCGACGAUGGACGAGACUACAGAAGGCGGUCGAGAUCGCGCACACCAGAGUAUCGACGCCGGGACCGCGACAGAGGUGGCCGAGAUCGAGACCGCGAUGACUACCGCCGCCGAGACCGAUCGAUUGGCCGAGACCGAAGAGACGACGACUACUACAGAGGCGGUAGGGAUAGACGCCGCUCUAGAGACCGCUACGGAGACCGCACGAGAUCACCAGAGAGACGCCGGGAGCGCAGCCAAGACGGCGGUGAUCGACGCAAUAGAGAUGACCGUCGAGGUGAUGACAACCGUUCAAACCGUACCGAUAGUCGCAACACACCUCUUACAGACAGUGGCCGGGCCGACUCUUCAAAAUCCACACCAAAUGCAGCUCAAGUAGAUGCCGAUAAGCAGGCGCAAAAGCUAGCCAGGCUGGAAGCAUGGAAAAAGAAGAAAGAACAGGACGCGCACAAUCAAAAGGACGUGAAUCCUAGCCAAACGAGAAGUCUCCUCGCUGAGAUGGACAGAAAGCCUAGUGGUGCGUCAUCAGCCGUCGCUUCUCCGAUGGAUUCUGGAAUUGCUUCCCCCGUCCAGCCGUACGCCGGGAAGUUUGACCCCAAGUCUAUUGCAAAGAAGUCUGCCGGUACCCGCGCGGAUUCUCCAAAAGGUGCCCUUGGUGGUUUGAAUAUCGCCCCAGAGACACUUGCAGCGGCGCCUGCCAAACCAUCAACAGUCUCGAAAUUACCAACUGGUGGAGUAAAGACUAGCGCUUUUGGCUUUGGAAAAGUAAGCACAGAUAAUGACAAGCUGUCUUCGAAGCGAAAGUUGGAUCUGGAUGAAGAGGACGACACCAAACGCAAGUUGACUAAGUUGCCAACGCUACUUGAUACGGACGAUACGCCCUAUGCCGACCAGGAUGACGACGAAGACUCUGAUGGUGACAACUUUGCAGAAAACGAGGAGGAGGCUGCUGCUGCUGCUCGUGCCGCACACGAAAAGCGCCUCCAAACCGAAGCUGAGGCUGCUGCUGCGGCCGAUGAGACAAACGGCGAUUCAGCAGCGGCCACCAACGACGUUGAAAUGAAUGGUGCGGAAGCAGAACCUGCCGCAGCAGACAACAUGGAAGUGGAUGAGGAGGACGAAAUCGAUCCCUUAGACGCUUUCAUGGCUGAUCUGGGUGACUCGCAGGCGAAGAAACCGGCUGCUAAGACCACUAAAUCCAAGGCCUUACCUGAACCGGAAGCCUAUUUCAGCGAGGAUGCCUACUCAGAAGGAGAAGAAGAAGACCCAGAUGCCAAGCGAUUACUUGCGAUCGCAAACAAGCGCAAGAAGAAGGAAAUCCCCACCACAGACUACUCCAAGAUCACGUUGGAACCUAUCCGGAAGAACUUUUGGGUGGAACCCGCCGAGCUUAGCAUGUUAUCGGAGCAAGAACUUGCUGAUUUGCGGUUGGAGCUCGACGGUAUCAAGAUCAAUGGCAAAGACGUUCCGAAACCUGUGCAAAAAUGGGCGCAGUGCGGUCUUACUCGCCAAACUUUAGAUGUAAUCGAGGGUCUAGGCUACGAAAAGCCUACAUCCAUUCAGAUGCAAGCGCUUCCGGCUAUCAUGUCAGGACGUGAUGUUGUUGGUGUUGCCAAGACUGGUUCCGGCAAGACAGUGGCAUUCUUGCUUCCCAUGUUCAGACACAUCAAAGACCAGAAGCCGCUCAAAGACGGCGAGGGUCCCGUUGGCCUGAUCAUGACACCGACCCGAGAACUGGCCACUCAAAUUCAUCGAGACUGUAAACCGUUUCUCAAGUCGAUGGGUCUUCGCUCCGUUUGCGCCUACGGAGGAGCUCCAAUCCGAGAUCAGAUUGCUGAACUGAAGCGCGGCGCCGAGAUUGUCGUUUGCACCCCAGGUCGUAUGAUUGACUUGCUGGCAGCUAACCAAGGCCGAGUUACCAACCUUCGCCGAGUCAGCUAUGUCGUCCUUGAUGAGGCCGAUCGCAUGUUCGACAUGGGUUUCGAGCCGCAAGUCAUGAAGAUCUUUGCCAACAUGCGCCCAGACAAGCAGACGAUUCUCUUCUCAGCUACCAUGCCUCGAAUCAUUGAUUCGCUGACAAAGAAGGUGCUGAAGAACCCUGUGGAAAUCACAGUCGGUGGUAGAAGCGUUGUUGCGAAAGAAAUUGAGCAAGUCGUGGAGGUUCGCGAAGAAAACACCAAGUUUCUGCGCGUCCUCGAGCUGCUGGGUGAUCUCUAUGACAAGGAUGAAGAUGCUCGCUCGCUCAUCUUUGUGGAACGACAAGAAAAAGCCGACGAUUUGCUUAAGGAGCUUAUGACCAAGGGCUACCCCUGUAUGUCUAUCCACGGUGGUAAGGACCAAAUCGAUCGCGACUCUACCAUUUCCGACUUCAAGAAGGGCGUGGUUCCAAUCCUGAUUGCCACGUCAGUUGCUGCUCGUGGUCUCGACGUCAAACAGCUCAAACUUGUCAUCAACUACGACGCCCCGAACCAUUUGGAAGACUACGUCCACCGUGCCGGCCGUACUGGUCGUGCAGGCAACACGGGUACUGCCGUGACCUUUAUCACUCCUGAACAAGAGAACUGCGCUGUAGGUAUUGCCAAAGCUCUCGAGCAGAGCGAACAGCCAGUACCAGAACGUCUCGAGGAGAUGCGCAAGGCGUACCGCGAAAAGGUUAAAUCGGGCAAAGCCAAAGAAAACAGCGGUUUCGGCGGCAAGGGUCUUGACAAGUUGGACCAGGAGCGCGAAGCUGCUCGACUGCGCGAGCGCAAGACACACAAGGUCGAAGGCGAAGAGGAAGAAGAAAAGGAAGAGACGAAGAAGAGUGGCAGCGGCGGCGGCGAGGACGACGCCAACAAUGUCGAAAAGGCCCUUGACGCUAUCAAGGCCGCUACAUCGUCGAUCCAGUCCCGUGAUGCCAACAAGGCGGAAGGCGCCGACUCCAGAGCCGAGCUUGUGGCUGGUGCAUCCGGCGACAAGUCGGGCAACCCUCUCGACAAGGUCUCUUCGGCCGUCAGCGCCAUCAACAGCCGUCUCGGCAAGGCUGGCCAGCUACGCGCUGGUCAAUCGAUUGACAACAAGGGUCCUGAUGCUGGCUCAUUCCACGCGACGCUGGAGAUUAACGACUUUCCUCAAAAGGCUCGCUGGGCCGUCACCAACCGCACCAACGUGGCCAAGAUUCUCGACUCGACCGCUACAUCCAUUACGACGAAGGGUAACUUCUACCCAGCUGGUAAAGAGGUUCCUGAGGGCGCCGAGCCGAAGCUGUACAUUCUUAUUGAGGGUGAUACGGAGAUUGCGGUUAGUGGUGCACUCAAUGAGCUGACGAGAUUGCUGAAGGAGGGAACGAUUGCGGCGGCAGAGUCGGAUAGCAGAGCCCCGACGAGUGGAAGAUAUACCAUUACUUAAUGCUGCUCUGGUCGUCCUGGGAGAUCAGGAUGGGAGACAGUUGUUUUUAUGUUACAUUUUUGGGGGGAUUUGCAUUGCGUGCUUGGCGUUAUAUCGUGUAUCUUUGUAUCAAAAUUAUACAUAAUGCAUUUUGUUUCAAUCUUCGUUCCUCUGCUUGAUAGUGCUAAAUGAUCUUAAUCCGCUGCGCCUGAAUUUCAUGAAUAUCCAAGCGCUUGGUGGCAUCUGAAACCAUUCCAGCUUUGAUUGUAGAUUCAUCAUCGUCCGAAUGGACAACUUCUUCGUCGUGUCCUUUGGUCUCUUCGGCCUCUCUUUCUUCUUCUUCUUCCUCCUCCUCUUCUUCUUCCUCCUCUUCUUCUUCCUCCUCUUCGUC